AUGGAUCUCAAUUUCGGCAAAUGCUGUGGCUCUAAAAAGAAGGAAUCAUGGAGGUCGGUGUUGCUCCUUGCUUAUCAGAGUCUUGGUGUUGUCUAUGGAGACUUGAGCAUCUCUCCGCUUUACGUGUUCAAGAGCACUUUCGCUGAAGACAUUCGUCACUCAGAGACCAACGAAGAGAUCUACGGUGUCCUCUCUUUCGUUUUCUGGACUCUUACUUUGGUUCCUUUGCUUAAGUAUGUCUUCAUUGUCCUCCGAGCUGAUGAUAACGGAGAAGGUGGGACUUUUGCUCUGUAUUCACUGAUAUGCCGUCAUGUGAAAGUAAGCCUUCUUCCGAACCGGCAAGUCUCCGACGAGGCGCUGUCUACUUAUAAACUGGAGCAUCCACCGGAGCUGAACCAUGACUCGUGUGUGAAGAGAUAUCUGGAGAAGCACAAGUGGUUACACACUGCUCUGCUGCUUCUUGUUCUUCUUGGGACUUGUAUGGUUAUUGGAGAUGGACUUCUCACUCCAGCUAUCUCCGUUUUCUCUGCUGUGUCAGGUCUUGAGCUGAAUAUGUCUAAAGAACAUCACCAAUAUGCUGUGAUUCCUAUAACCUGCUUCAUACUAGUCUGCCUUUUCGCGCUUCAGCAUUUUGGUACGCAUCGCGUUGGGUUUGUUUUCGCGCCUAUUGUCCUCGCUUGGCUGCUCUGUAUAAGCGGUAUAGGCUUGUACAAUAUAAUACAGUGGAACCCUCAUGUGUACAAAGCUCUCUCUCCUCAGUACAUGUUCAUGUUCUUGAGAAAGACUAGAGUUAGUGGAUGGAUGUCUCUUGGCGGGAUCUUGCUGUGUAUAACUGGUGCUGAGGCUAUGUUUGCUGAUCUUGGUCACUUCAAUUAUGCGGCAAUUCAGAUUGCGUUUACAUUCCUGGUUUAUCCAGCUCUGAUAUUAGCAUACAUGGGACAAGCUGCUUACUUGUCUCGGCAUCACAACUCCGAACACGCGAUAGGGUUUUACGUCUCUGUGCCAAAAUGUCUGCACUGGCCUGUGCUUAUGAUAGCGAUUCUUGCGUCUGUUGUGGGAAGCCAAGCGAUCAUAAGUGGGACUUUCUCAAUCAUAAACCAAAGCCAGUCUCUUGGCUGCUUCCCUCGAGUCAAAGUCAUUCACACCUCAGACAAAAUGCACGGCCAGAUUUACAUCCCUGAGAUCAACUGGAUGCUCAUGAUCCUCUGCAUCGCCGUCACAAUCGGCUUCAGAGAUGUCAAACACUUGGGAAACGCAUCAGGUCUGGCUGUAAUGGCGGUGAUGCUAGUGACGACGUGUCUCAUGUCGUUAGUCAUCGUUCUCUGCUGGCACAAGCCACCGAUCCUAGCCCUAGCCUUCCUUCUCUUCUUCGGCUCCAUAGAGCUUCUCUACUUCUCAGCCUCGCUUACCAAAUUCCGUGAAGGCGCUUGGCUUCCGAUCCUCUUGUCCCUCUUCUUCAUGAGCAUCAUGUUCGUUUGGCACUACACAACAAUCAAGAAGUACGAGUUUGAUCUCCAGAACAAAGUCUCUCUCGAGUGGCUUCUUGCGUUAGGUCCAAGCUUAGGUAUCUCUAGAGUCCCCGGUAUCGGUUUAGUCUUCACCGAUUUAACUUCCGGUAUACCGGCUAAUUUCUCCCGGUUCGUCACCAACCUCCCUGCUUUCCACCGCGUCCUCGUCUUCGUCUGCGUGAAAUCAGUCCCGGUCCCGUUUGUUCCUCCUGCCGAGAGAUACCUCGUGGGACGAGUCGGUCCAGUGGACCACCGGUCGUACCGGUGUAUUGUCCGGUACGGUUACCGUGACGUCCAUCAAGACGUGGACUCGUUCGAAACAGAGCUCGUGAGCAAGCUUGCGGAUUUCAUACGUUACGACUGGCACAAGAGAACGCAAGAGGACGACAAUGGGAGAUCGGUAAGGUCUAACGAGUCAUCGAGCGAGUCGAGGCUGGCCGUGAUCGGAACCGUGGCUUACGAGAUCGAGGAGAAUCUACAGCCGGAGAGCGUCUCGAUCGGAUUCACCACGGUGGAGAGCAUGGAAGACGUCAUAGAAAUGGCUGAGGUGGCGCCGCCGGCGGCGACGAUAAGGCGGGUGAGGUUUGCGGUUGAGGAAGACGGUUACGGGGACGGAGGCUCGUCGUCGUCGACGGCUGAGGCGGAGGCGGAGCUGACGAGUGAGCUGAGGGAUUUAAUGGCGGCGCAAGAGGCGGGGACGGCGUUUAUAUUGGGGCAUUCACAUGUGAAGGCGAAACAAGGAUCGUCGGUGAUGAAGAGGAUUGCGGUUAAUUUCGGUUAUAAUUUCUUGAGGAGGAACUGUAGAGGACCUGACGUGGCGCUUAAGGUUCCACCGGUUUCUCUUUUAGAAGUCGGCAUGGUUUAUGUUGUCUAA